AUGCUCCAGGAAGAAUAUCCUGAUUGCGAUGACUGCUUGGAACUUUCUGAACACCUCGGACCUUCAAUUUCACCUAUUAUAGAAAGCAUUUUUUGUACUUUUGAAGCUUCUUUAAAUUCUUCUUAUAUUUCAAGCUUGCAAAGAAGAAAGCAAAUAUUUUUGUCACUGAUAAUCAACGGAAUAAUUGCUUUUCAAGGAAUUUCACUGUGUUGAUAUCAGAAAAUAAAUGCUUCUAACUGAAAAGACUAUGAACUAUUUUGAAAAAUUUUAGGGUACUCCAGUUUUGAUAAUAUUUGUGAUGAAUUUGAUAUUUUUGACAUCUGUUCACUUAUCAGCGUAUCAAUUUUAUUGUAUAUAUUUUUGAGCAUUGCUCUUCUCAGUAUAGUUAAAUUGUUUUGACAGUAUACUCCUAUGAUAAUAAUUGUUGUUACAAGGAAAAUAAUAUUAACAGCAACUACUAUUGCCUUUAUACCCUUAUUAUUAAUUUUGUUGAAAAUUUUCACUUAUUCUUCAGGGCACUUAGAAAAGAUGACUAUAUAUCAAAGCCAAUCCGUUAGUUCCAUUUGAGCUAAUUUUGGGAUGAUAGGAGAAUGCCUGAGUAUAAUAUUAAUAAUAGGUUUAGUGCUUCUAGCAAUAUUUUCUGAGUUAUUUGUAGCUGAAAUAAGACAUUCAAAAAUGCAGAAAGACAUCAAAGCAAGAUCAUACUCAAACUUUGACAUUUAUUUAAAAAUAACCUAUGCAUCAUUUUGCAUUUUAAAUAUUUUUUUAAGGAAGAAUCUAUUGUAUUUUUAUGUACUACAAAUCCUUUUAAGCAUUUUAUUGUACUUUAUCUUACUAUCAAUCAUGCCUUAUUAUAAUAUUUUACAAAGUAUAGUCUGUGGAGGUGUUUUGGCUAGCAUACUAUCAACAUCGUUUUCUUUCUUGCUCGCGACUCUAAUUGAUGAAACAGGAAUUACAGUUGUAUCUUUUGUCAUUUUUCAGCCAAUUGCAAUUUUUCUUGCAAGCCAUAAAUUAAAGCAGAGGGCAAAUUACUUGUGAAAUGAAAACUUUUCUCUAAAAAAAUCUCAGACUUAUUUUGAGCUAAGCCUUAGAAAAUGGUUAACGAGAGAAAAGCUGGACUUUGACUAUGAAGAGAUAAUCAACAAAUUCUCUAUGUUUCUUUUUGAUAUUUCAAAUUUUAAAACUGAUCUGCUAGUUAUAUGAGAAGCUAAUUUUUGCUUAAAAACUAUAAAAGACAUUAAAUUGGCAAAAAUUAAGCUGCUUCAGCUUACUCCCUCCAAUAAUGGCAAAUUUCAAUCUCCUCUUGUUAAAUGCAUUAUUGCCAAUUUUUGCUAAAUAAUCCCAAUCAUAAGCAAAAUUUAGCUUUUAAUUAGGAGAGGGGUUAAGAGUACUCGCAGGACAUUAGAAGGUCUUAUUCAAGAGCGAAAAAUAAAAAGAAAAAUCAGCCAUAGAAAUUUCCAUGAUGUAACGCAAAUUUCUUACUUAAUUGAAAUGAGAAACUUAAAACGAAAAGAUAAAGAGCUAUGCCAGAUACUAAUAGAAAUGCUGAAGAAGGUAGUCUCUAAUUCAUUUGAAGCAAAUAAACUGAUGAGCUUAGUUAUUAAUUUAUCAGACUCCUUCAAUACUGUUUCAGGACUCUAUUCUUCAAUGGCAGAAAAGUAUAAUGACCCAGAAAUAUAUGAAUGUUUAUCAUCUUUUGUAGGCAGCAUUCUUGGAAAUAUUGAUUUAGCAUCGAGAAUUAGAAAUAAAAAUAUUAACUUAAUACGAAGAAAAGAAAUUAGCAUCAUUGAAAACUCCAAAGGAAGAUUAAUAUUUUUGGGCAACUCUGAAAGAUUUGGGACGGUUAUUUUUAUGAAUCAGAAAAUGGACAAUAUUUUAGAAGUUACUGAGAGAAGUUAUAAAAACAGAAAUUUUCUGUCAAUUUUACCUAACUCUUGAGUUUAUGCUUGAAAGUUAUCUAUGCAAAAUUAUAUGAAAUUCUCAACGACAUCGUCCCUUCCAACUCUAAAUAGAUUUUAUAUAAAAAAUAAUAAUGAUUAUUUGGUGGAAUGCAAAAUGAAUGGGUAUUUGACAGUGCUAAACGAUGAUGUUUAUUUUUUAAUUAACCUAGAGCCACAGACAUGCAAAUCAGAAGUUUUUCUGCUCUCUUCAAGCCAUAUUAUUUUGGAAUUUUCCAGUAAAAUCCCCUUGAUUUUUCAAAUUCAUGGUGAAUCUAUUCAAAGAGGUUCUCAUAUAAGUGAAUACAUUCAUAAUUUUUCUGAUUUUCAAGAAGAAAGAGCUAAUCGCUUCAUGUUUAACGGUAAAGAGAUGCUUGGUAUAUUAUACAAGCUUGAUUAUUUAUCCUUGCCUGAAUAUAUUUUUGAGAUCAAUUAUGAGGAUUCUGAAGUAGGAUAUAUUAAGCCAAGAAGUGAAAAUCUUUGUUUUAAUAGACAAGACAGCAUAAUUAAAAAGAAAUUAAAACAUCACUCAGAGAAAGACGAUAGGAGUGACACAGAUUUUAAAAGCUGUGAGUAUGAAGAAAUGCUAAUUAGCCAAGAAGAAAUAAAUGAAUGUUUAUCGUUAUCAUCCAGCUCGAGAAGCAAAUCUUUUAAAGAAAUCUCUCAGAGGUUUGUUGGGAAAUCAAAAAAUGCAGUAAAAAUUCUCCAAUGAGUCCUAUUCGUUUCAGUAAAAGUAAUUUAG